AUGUCACAGGCACAGCUGAUGCGCCAGGCGUUGGCUGCCAGUGCCGCCUUUGCCCCUCAACCACAGCAAGGAGGAUAUAUGUCGCCAGCAGAGAGGAUGAAGGCCGCACUGGCAGCACAGAGACCACAGCAACCCCGACAGAAUUCCCUCGAUCGACGGCCAGUGAAUAGAGCGGGUGCGACCGAUGGGCAUGGCCGCAAUCAGACCAGAGAUCGCUUUGCACCUGCCCCUCGGCGUGCGGGCGUCACCGACCGAAACGAAUACAAGAACAUGCAACAGAACCGGUAUACUGUCAACAUGGACGCCAGACCACAGGUCAAUACACCCGCAUUCGGCCCUGGCCACUUGAGGCGACGCAACGAGCCCCAACAUGAUGGCGCCUCACUAGCGUCAGACCAUCGACGGAUGCACCCGACCGCGAGAGCACCACCACAAAGGAAGAUGCUGGACCAAGAUGAAAUAUCGAAGUUGUUGGGCGAUGCAUCUACGACCAGUCGGCCGUCCAAGCCAUAUCAGCCGCUUGCAAGGAACGCUAACACGCAACGAACCUGCUGGCAUUGUGGCUCCAAGGAACAUACAAGUGCCACAUGUCCAACAAAGCCGACAUUACGUGAAAAGCCGCAGCAACAGCGAACCGAACAAUCAACAACAAUGUACCGUCCACCACAGCGCUACAAGGAGUCCAUCUCAGAUGCAGCUGAGGCUUGGGCACAAAAGUCAAAGGGCAAACUGGACAUUGAACCUCCGUCUCCGUCACAAAUUGAGGAGGAUAACAGACGACGCAAUGAUAUUGAAAGCGAGAGAAGAAGGAGUCGCUUUGCAUUCGAUGAGCCUGAGGAAAAGAACCGGUAUGAAGAGCCUGCACGCCGUCAGGGUGGGACCAAGGGCAGGAGAGGGCGGAUACAGCGGUUUGAAGACGAAGAGGACGAGGGCCCAUCUAUUAGCAAGGCAGAGCGCAAGCGACUGCGGGCCGAAGCGAAGAAAGCGGCGCAAGCUGCAAAGAACGAGCCAACUCCCAUCUCUCUACCAGAGUACAUCACCGUCGCCAAUCUCGCCGGAGCGUUGAAACUACGAGUGGAAGACUUUGUACAGAAGCUAGAAGAGCUGGGUUUUGAGGACGUGCAAAACGACCACAUUCUCAACGCCGAACACGCUGGACUCAUCGCGCAAGAGUACAACUUCGAACCCAUCUUCCAGUCCGAAGAAGAAGAUGGUGAUUUGUACCCCGCACCGCCUUUGGAACCCGAAGCCUACGCUGAGCUCCCUGCUCGACCACCGGUUGUCACUAUCAUGGGGCACGUUGACCAUGGAAAGACCACGAUUCUUGAUUAUAUGCGCUCGACCAGUGUUGCUGCUACUGAGUUUGGUGGUAUCACACAACACAUUGGUGCUUUCAGCGUGCCACUAGCAAACGGAAAGAAGAUUACCUUUCUUGACACGCCCGGCCAUUCUGCUUUCGAGACGAUGCGCGCUCGUGGUGCCAACGUCACCGACAUUGUCGUCUUGGUAGUUGCCGCUGACGACUCCGUCAUGCCACAGACUGUCGAGGCUAUCAAGCACGCGCAGGCCGCCAAGGUACCCAUGAUUGUUGCCAUCAACAAGAUUGACAAAGCACAAGCCGACCCAGAGGCUGUCAAGCUCGAUCUCGGUCGCCACGGCAUUGAGAUUGAAGACUUUGGUGGUGAUGUCCAGGCUGUCUGUGUGAGUGGAAAGACUGGUCAGGGUAUUCCAGACUUGGAGGAGGCUAUCUCGACUCUCUCGGAGAUGUUGGAUCACCGUGCUGAUCCUCAGGCUGGUGUGGAAGGAUGGGUCUUGGAAGGCACAACAAAGAAGUCUGGGCGUGUGGCGACCGUUCUUGUCCGCAGUGGUACUCUUCGCCAGGGCACAGCCCUUGUUGCAGGCACUACCUGGACACGCGUGCGCAGUCUGCGUAAUGAAGCUGGCGCAAUGGUCAAGGAAGCUGGUCCUGGUAUGGCCGUUGAAGUUGAUGGCUGGCGCGAUCAACCGAUUGCUGGUGACGAGGUGCUUCAAGCUGAGGAUGAACAGCACGCAACCUCUGUUACCGAGUUGCGCAGCGAAAAGGUGGAGAGAGAACAAAUGGCACGCGACAUGGAAGCUAUCAACGAAUCUCGUCGUCUGGAAGCCGAGCGUCGCGAAGCUGAGGAAGCCUCCGCCAAGGCUAUCGAAAAUGGUGAGGAGCCCGCGACUUCUGAAAAGAAGGAAACUGGUCCAGAAGUCGUUAGUUUCAUCAUCAAGGGCGACGUCUCUGGUUCUGUAGAAGCAGUCAUCGACUCUGUCGCUGCUCUUGGCAACGCAGAAGUCUCCACACGCAUCCUCCGCCAUGGUGUCGGUGCCCCUUCAGAAUUUGACGUUGCGCACGCAGCCGAUGCAAACGGCCAUAUUGUCAACUUCAACACGACCAUUCCUGGAAAUGUUGCCAAACUCGCAGAGGAAAAGGGCGUUAAGAUCCUCGACAGCAACAUUAUAUACCGCGUUGUCGAAAACGUGAAGGAGCUUUUAUCUGAGAAGCUCGCACCCAAGGUCAUUCAAAAAGUUACAGGUGAGGUAGAAAUUGCAGCCAUCUUCGAGAUUGGGUUGGGUGGUAGGAAGAAGAUGAAGGUUGCGGGGUCAAAGGUGCGCAACGGUGUCGUCGAUAGGGGCACAAAAGCAAGAGUGCUCCGUGGUGAGACGCUUGUUCAUGAUGGUGUCAUUAAUUCAAUCAAAAAUCAGAAGAAAGAUGUCGAGCAGAUGCGCAAGGAUACUGAGUGUGGUAUCUCGUUUGACGGCUGGGAAGAAUUCAGAGUCGGUGAUAAGAUCCAGUGCUAUGAGGAAAAGUUUGAGAAGAGGAGCUUGUAA